GUUUACACCAAACCUUGACUAUUGGAGUCGGAAGAUGUUAAGUUAAUUUUCAGAACCUUAAUUUUUGCUAACCGCAUCAACCCUGAGUCAGGCCUCAAGGAUGUUCCCCGCACCACGGUGACGAUACAUGUACACAGCAAACACCACUUUUCUGACGUGCAAUAGUGUGGUCCUAGCCUGGAACACUUUGGAGCGCUCUAUAUUACAUUUUGAAUGUGAUUUCACUCGUGGCAAAAUGUGGUAAAAUGUCGAAACCUCGCUGUGUUAACAUAUACAUAUGUUACAAUCUUCAUGCAGCUAACCCACGAUCUCACCAGACGAACUCAAUAUCCCCCAUGUCAAACAGCUACACCCUUGACAUCGGAAAAGAUGUUUAUAUCAAGGGCGGUGACAUCACAACUGAUGGAAUCAUCGCUUUCUGGCCCGUUUCAUAUGACGAGACACCAGACUUGAAGCAUGGGAUCGACAACACGAACCUCAAUCUUCAGGACAACAAUAAGAACUUGCUCCUUCAUAUCAGUUUUCGCCGCCCCGAGAACGCAAUCGUGUUCAACACUAUGCAGACCAGGGUCGGCUGGGGCACGGAGGAGCGUGUCCCACUGGAUGGCAAGAUUUCGACGCCUGCCAGUAACACUGCCAUCAUGGUAUUUGAUUUCGGCAGUCACUACCACAUCCUCAUCGACUACAGAACUGUACACUCCUACAAGAAGAGACUCCCCGGAAAUGUGAGGAGUGUCUCCUACCAUGUUAAUCUAGGGCAAAAUCCCGUCUUCGGCAAACGUAUGCAAGUGGUCACGUACAGUUCCAUGGAACUCAUCAUGGACCAGCUGUAUUCUUCGGGAUCUCCGAUUUCGAACAGCAUGUACGGCUACUACACCAUUUCCCCGCUUAUAGCAAGUCACAAGUGUGUCGAGGGUGACCUUGUUGCCGAAAAUAAAGAGGUAUGGUUGGCCACUGGAAAUACUGGGAGAAGCGAGCAGAAGGUCCGUAUACUAUUCUCCACCCUGAUCCUGCUGGUGUUAAGCUCCAGUAAACUGGCAGGGCAUAGCGUGGCUCAAGAAUCCAACCCGCGACUGGUACAUCAGAUCAACCCAGGAUCCUAAAAGCGUUACCUCGGGAUCGUCUAUUAUCACGAGUGCGGCCUCCCAUAGUUCACUUCCCAUUUGGAACAUCACAAAGUCAGGAAAUGCCUAUGUCAUUCGCUCCGAGUUUGGAAACCUGUGUUGGACGAUGAAUGAAAAGGGAAAGAUUGAACUGCAGAUGGUGGAGCCGGGAAAUAGUUCGCAACUUUGGGAGUUGAAAGAAUUUCCAAAGUAGUGAAUGCUAGAUGUUCUUGUUGUUGACGUGAUGGCGAAUCUACCGGCUGAACUUCAUAUAUUUGAAAAUUGUACGUUAAGUGUUGAAGUACGUAGGUAGGACAUCUGAAUAACAGUCACUUACAUUGA